UAUGGGGGGCGGUCGGGGGUGGGGCUUGCCCGCGCGUCGGAACUGUGGUGGCUGCGAGGAGCAAGGCUGGGGUUGAAAAUUGGCGGUCUCGAGGCUUUUGGGCUGAAAAAGACUUUUCUGUCUCACUGACAAUCUCCAUCAUGAUUCAUAGCCUUUUCUUGAUCAACUCCUCUGGAGAUAUUUUCCUGGAAAAACAUUGGAAAAGUGUGGUCAGCCGUUCUGUCUGUGAUUACUUUUUUGAGGCGCAAGAGAGAGCUACUGAGGCAGAAAACGUACCUCCAGUUAUCCCGACCCCUCACCACUAUCUCUUAAGUGUUUACCGUCACAAGAUCUUUUUUGUGGCUGUGAUCCAGACAGAGGUCCCACCUCUGUUUGUCAUUGAGUUCCUUCACCGAGUAGUGGACACGUUUCAGGAUUAUUUUGGAGUCUGUUCAGAGCCAGUGAUUAAAGACAAUGUGGUUGUGGUUUAUGAGGUACUGGAAGAGAUGCUUGACAAUGGGUUUCCAUUGGCUACUGAGUCAAACAUCCUCAAAGAACUGAUAAAGCCUCCCACUAUCCUUCGGACUGUUGUCAACACCAUAACAGGAAGCACCAAUGUGGGUGACCAGCUUCCUACUGGGCAGCUGUCAGUGGUGCCCUGGCGACGGACUGGAGUGAAAUACACUAACAAUGAGGCCUAUUUUGAUGUGAUCGAAGAGAUUGAUGCCAUCAUUGAUAAAUCAGGUUCCACAAUUACUGCGGAGAUCCAGGGGGUGAUUGAUGCCUGUGUCAAGCUAACUGGAAUGCCAGACCUUACGCUUUCCUUCAUGAACCCCAGGCUGCUGGAUGAUGUCAGCUUCCAUCCUUGUGUCCGUUUCAAGCGCUGGGAAUCUGAGCGUAUCCUCUCCUUCAUCCCUCCUGACGGAAACUUCCGCCUGCUCUCUUACCAUGUCAGUGCACAGAAUCUGGUGGCAAUUCCAGUGUAUGUCAAACAUAACAUCAGUUUCCGGGAUAGUAGUUCACUUGGACGCUUUGAAAUAACGGUGGGACCGAAGCAGACUAUGGGGAAGACCAUAGAGGGAGUGAUUGUCACCAGCCAGAUGCCCAAAGGGGUCCUGAAUAUGAGCCUGACUCCAUCUCAGGGGACACAUACAUUUGACCCAGUUACCAAGAUGUUGUCUUGGGAUGUAGGAAAAAUAAAUCCCCAAAAACUACCAAGUUUGAAGGGAACCAUGAGUCUUCAGGCUGGGGCUUCCAAACCAGAUGAGAACCCCACAAUUAACCUGCAGUUUAAGAUCCAGCAGCUGGCCAUUUCUGGACUCAAGGUGAAUCGUCUGGAUAUGUAUGGAGAAAAGUACAAACCCUUUAAGGGCAUAAAAUACAUGACCAAGGCUGGCAAAUUCCAAGUUCGAACCUGAAGGAAGAGUUUUGCAAAAAGAACAUUAACGAAUGCUUUUUUUUUCUUACUUGUCUCAAAGUAAAAAAAUAUCAGCCUGUCUCGUAGGUCAGUAUCCCCUUCUGGACCCGCCCGCUCCCGUUUUUCCUUAGCCUGCAGUGCCGUGGAGCUAACCAAGGGAGACAGGGGUCGCCAGGGAGAACCGGGCAGAACUGACACAGCACCAGCGCAGUUCUGAGAGAAGAGAUGCGUGACAGAGGGCAGAAGUACCUAAUGCCAUAUUUCACUAUUUUUAAUGCGGUUACCAUAGAAAAGGACUAGCAUUUAUUACUUGCUUGGCUUUACUUCUCUAAAGCUGAUGAACGACUUCUGUUUGUUGUAUAAGGUGGAGAGAAAGAUAAGAAAGAAGGAAAGAAAGCUUGGAACAAAAUGAAUGCUAGUCAAGAAAAGGCCAGGGAAGGGUCGGACCUUCGAGGGAGAAGGGAAGCAGCAGUAAAGACUUGUGAGCACACACGCUCAGGAGAGAGCGGGAGGAAGAGCAGUCAAGCCCCACGGGAAGGAGGGUUGGAAAGAAUAGAGUUGACUUGGUUUCUUUCUGAUCCCUCUACUUUGAUUACAUAUAAAAAAUCACCAGUACUUCUAGAAGAGAACUGGAAACUUCUUAAAUUCGAAUCCACUAAUGACAUGGAAAACCCCAGUAGGAUCAGAUUUUCCCUUGAAGAGUGCUGAUAUCUGACUGGUUUUCAGAUACUAACCACUGUUUGCCUUUAGCCCUUGGCCUUUCAUCUGCAGUGAGAUGGUGACCUACCCUCUUCCUGUUGGGGGUGCCUGAAACGCCCCUUUCCCUAACCCGGGACAGUUCUACUUACGUCACAGAAUUCACCAGCCUUUUUCCUGUUACACAAGGACAGUUUCAGAAAAGCCAAUCCCAUAAUCCCCAGGGCAGCCAGAUUCUGUGUGUCACAGUAUUGAAAUGUAGGUGGCCAACUCAUUCCUCACAAAGUACAUCACAGCUGUACCCCAGGGACUCCCUGUCUCCGCUUGUCUGUGCUGGCCUGGCGCUGGAGUCUAAGCCUUGCUGUCUGAAACUUUUCCACCAAUAACCCUAAGUGAAAAGAGUGCUUACCGUCCAGGGGCAAGUUUCAUCCUGGAAGCUUCUCAGUAAAGUUCAUUUCCUCGGAGUCUCCCGUGCUGGACUGUAAGAGAUUUGUCAGAGGUGUAUACCUACCAACCCAUCUUCAUUCGAGGCAAAAAGAAAUUCCCUAAACCUUUGAAUAAAACUGAUGUUGAGGGAAGAUGGGCCAUGUUGGUCAUGUGUGACCCAGUUUAAGAAACAUGGCAACUGGGGGAGUGCCUCAGACUUUCCCAGUGGGUAAUUUUUAUUCUAGUUCAAUGUACGGAUUACCCAUUUAAAUAUUUAUACCCAUUUAAAUACUUAUAUAAAAGACAGGUUUUUAAAUUAUUGCUAUAGCUUAAGGAGUGAUAUUGUGCUCUGCUUCAUGCAUGGGGAGAAAUGAAGACCUAUACUCUUCAAACCCUAUAAUUUUCCUCUAAAGCCCUGUUUCCAAAUAUUUAAGUAAUUUUGCUUUGCUACUUUUAUCUCCCUACUUCCUGGACUUGUUUUUCCUGCAGAGUAAUGUUGCUUUGUGGUUUUCCUCUGCGAUAAAUUGUGUUGUAUACAAACAGAUGUGUUUCAUACUCCAUCGCUCCAGAAUUUUCCUGAACUACUGUGUCCUAUACACACCCCUGGCACGGUAGGGGAAACAUUUCUGCCUCUGUGAUCCCAGGAUACUUGGAAUUACUUCUCCUGAGGGCUCUGAAGGAUUUUAAGGUUUCCUAGGUCAUAGGAAACAACCAGUCUUGGUCUUUGGAUAUUCUUAAGUUUAUCAAUCCAGCUGUUCUGUUUCCUCCUGGACAGCUCACCCUAAUUUCAAGGGAAGAACUUGAGAAAUAAAGUAUCUGGAGUACGGGGCCUGCAGGCCUUGGUGCAUGAGAUAGCACGUCACCUGUGUAGCAGCCCGCUGAGCCUGGUGGAGAACAUGUGACCAUCCAGCGAUGUGUUAACGCAAGCAGUGCAGGGGUCUUGAUCAAGCUGUCCAAUUCCAGAACCUGUGUCUAACGUGUGGAAGUAUCUCCUGUGCUUAAAUCUUAAUAAAGUUGAGCUUUACCAGUC